CCGUAACUCGCUUGAGUUGGCAAAAAGCCCAAUUAAGCAAUUAGCACAGCAUCCCACUCCCAUACAGCAAUGGAAGAAGAAGAAGAGCAACAGGGUAGUGACGAGGAACAAACCAUAACGGUAAUAAUGGCUGCACUAUCCGCCCUCUCUCCUCCCCACCUCCUCCGCCUCUCCCACUCCAUCUCCGCCCUCUUCCUCCGCCACCACCGCCGCCUCUCCUCCCUCCUCUCCUCCCCUUCCCUCUUCUCCCUCGCCCUCCUCCGCCUCCGCUCCCUCUCCCUCCCCUCCAAGUCCCUUCUCCUCGCCCGCCACCUCCUCUCCUCCCUUGUCCCCGUCGCAGUCGUCGCCACCGCCGCCACCCCUCCCCCCCCCUCCUCCACCCUCCUCCGCCUCCCCGACUACGACGCCGUCUUGCUCCUCCUCCUUCUCUGCGAACUCCAUCACUACGACCCCCACGCCCUCUCCCCCGCCGCCUCCCACUCCGAGUGGCGCGCAAUCCUCUGCCGGUAUUACUCCGACUCUAUCCUGUCCGUCUCCGGCAUCGGCGGACCCGGAGCCUCCUUGAUUCUGUGCAUCCAGGCGGCGGCGAGGUGCCGGAGGCUUCUCGGAGCAAUGGGCUGCAAGGCCGGGAGGGCGGUAGCGGCUUCGCCGGCAGCGGUGGUGGCGCUGCCGUCCGUGGCUGCGGGCGGCGGAGUGGAGUGUGCGAUAUGCAGGGAGGAGAUGUGGGAAGGGAGAGACGUGUGCGAGCUGCCAUGUCAGCACUUGUUUCACUGGAGUUGCAUUUUGCCGUGGGCGAGGAAGAGGAACACGUGUCCCUGUUGCCGGUUUCAGUUACCGUCCGACGACGUUUUCGGGGAGAUCGAACGGCUGUGGGAGGCUCUGGUCAAGAUCGGCGGUCGGGGAGACUGUACCUGAUGAUUAGGAUGACCACGGGUAGCAUCGAUUAUGAUGCCACUUCUACGACCGUUUGUCACGAGGGGUCUCACUUCGCACAAAACGAAAUGAGGUGGGCCCAGUGAAAUUGGGCCUGGGCCAGGCCGCUUGGGGACCAGAAAUGUGUGGACUGGAUGUUUAAUGGUCGUGAAUAUUGAUUUGUACUCGGUCGAUGGUAAGCAAACAAAUGAAGUCAAAAUCAAUUAAUAAAUGUUCUUGCAUCCUA